AAUUUGGCAACGCUCGAAUCUGAAAUUAAAAAAAUUGCUGUUUGUAAUUAUUUCUUGUUUAUGAAACUGCGGAAAAAACCCUGGCUCCACCAUUUACUUUUUUGAUAAAUAAUUUCUUUUUGCAGUACGACUAAAAGAAGAAAAAAAGAGCAACUUUUUAAGUUAAAUAAUGAAGAAAGAUUUUUCCUGUUGAGGAAAGGAAAAUCAAAUAAAAAUCAAAUUGAGAUAAAUUAAUGCUUCAGUUUAAAAUUUUGGAUUUAUUUUAGCCAGUAUGUCUCUUCAAGCAAAGACCCAAGCUGAGAAUUCAUGCAAAAGCAUUAAAAAUUCUAUGGUUUUUCCUUGCGAAGAAUGUAAUGAAGUAUUUUAUAACAAGAAAAGUCUUACGUGCCAUUUGAAGACCCAUUUUGGAGAUAAACCUUUUGUUUGUAAGCAAUGUGGAAAAACUUUCUCAAAAAAUUGUUUUUUGAAAAAACAUUUAGAGUUCCACAACCCAGAAAAACAUUUUCAGUGUGAGCGUUGUGGCAAAUACUUCACAGUUAAGGGAGAUUUAAUCAAACAUUUGAGAGUUCACACUAAAGAGAAGCCAUUUCCGUGUCUUUACUGUGACAAAGAUUUCUCGCAACAGAGUAAUCUUAACGUCCACAUGAAAUCUCACACUGGCGAGAAACCUCAUUCAUGCGACACUUGCGGAAUGUCAUUUGUCGGAAAAAGCAACUUAAAGACUCAUCUAUUACGUCAUGAGACUGAGAAACAGUAUUCCUGUGAGCAAUGUGAUAAACGUUUCGCUGUUAAAGGAGACUUAACCAAGCAUAUUCGAGUACAUACUAAAGAAAAACCAUUUAUGUGUAUUGUUUGUGGCAAAAACUUUUCUCAGCAGAGUAAUCUUAAUGUUCAUAUUAGAUCUCACACUGGAGAUAAACCUCACAUGUGUGAUUUUUGCGGGAAAACAUUUAAUGUUAGGAAAGAUCUUAUUGUACACAUAAGGAUACAUACAAAGGAGAAACCAUUUUCUUGUCAUUGCGGAAAAGCAUUUGCUAACAAAAGUGUUCUUAGUAUUCAUGAAAAAAUUCACGCCCAAGAAAGCCCUAUCUAUUGUGAUUUGUGCGGGAAUCGCUUUCUGCUUCAGAAAUAUCUAAGGAGGCACGUAAAAAAAUUUCAUCCUCAUGAAAAAGAAGAGGAAAUAAAAGAAUAUGAAAGUGAAGAAAAUGUUAAAGUGGUGUGAGAGUGAAGUUAAUUAUGUAUAAUGCUUGUUUUUUUUUGUAUGUUGUGUAAAAAUGGGGGGGGGGGGGGGAGUUAAAAGCAAAUUGUCAUCUACUUUCAAAGAUGAAUGGAAUUAAGGAAUGGUUGAA